AUGGCUACCUUAGAAGAACGUUUGGCCGAAUACGAAGAGUUAUUUGCGGAAAGGUACACGGAAAAAGAUGAGUGCUAUCAAAAACACGUUGCUACUCCAGUGAAACCUCCUCCAGUCGUCUUAGAUUGGAAUAAUACUAAUAACUAUGAUAGGUAGGUAUAUACCAAUAUGUAACGCUACUCUAUUAAACAUGUACUGGGAAUUUGUUAAGCUGAGAAUUUGUUCUCCAGAGGCCCAGACUCCUAUUAAGUUUAUCAUGCGCACGCGGCACGCACAAUUUUCCCAUCCUAGGAGCGCUCCUCUAUCCAAAGAAGGAAACAUUGGUGCAAAGUUAAGGCCUAAUUCCAGCGAAAUGCGAAAAAUUUCGCACGAAAACACACUUGUGCGAACAUUUUCUCUUGUAGUGAUUUCCAUAACUAGUAGAGAAAAAAAUCGCCAAAAUACAAGCAUUUGAUUGGUUUCGCUAUUUUGUCAUCGAAAACACAAGCAUUUGAUUGGCUUUGGUAUUUCCAUUUCGCAAAGAAAAUUUCCAAACGAAUUCAACUACACAGCGAAGAGAAAUAUUUCGCAGAGAAACAUUACAAAAUCAUGUUGCGCAUGCGUUCAACCUUUUCGCACAAAAUUUUUCGCAUUUCGCUCGUCAUGGAAUUAGGCCUUUAGCAAACUUAGCAGUCUGGAAGUGGCAAGUUUAUUAUUUUACGCUGCCUAACGACAGAUGAUUUUACUCAUCGGGGAGCGCUGACACCCAAAGGAUUAAUCACAGAUUCUUAGCCACCCCCUUUUACGGAACAGAUCCACAAUCUGGGUAAAAACUAUAUUUGUUGACAAUAGAGUUUAUAGAUGAUGCCCAAUAUUUUGAACCUGCGAUAUGAACUUCAAUUUUGAUGUUAGUUGUUUCCUAGAAAUGCUUUGUUUUCACUGCAAAGCAUUUGACAUGUUAGUGAUUUUUAGUAUUUAUAAAGUGAUGUAAUUGAUACUUCAGACGACGAGAUAACCGAGGUCAAGGUGGUCGCGAUGGGAAGGGAUGGGAUUCGAGACAUGGUGGAGAUCGGGACAGGAGAGACAACAGGUAUAAAAUAUAGGAUCUCAUGUGACAUACAAGGGAACACCUCUAGUAACCCCCGUGUUGCAGAAGCCCUCCUGUAGAAGCUAUGGUAUGCACUUGACACACAACGACCCAACAACGACCCACAACGAUCCCAAAAUUACCUUCAGUUGCAAUUUUGCACAACAAUAAACAAUAUAAGUUAUUGUUUGUGGAUACACCACGUAUUUUAUUAUUACAUGUGAUCAAAAUUGGCGGGCAAUGCAAGACUUCCACUUGCGCAUGCAGAGAUCAUUGUUGGAUUGUUGUGGAUUGUUGUGGCUGGUGUUUUGGUCGUUGUGGCUCGUUGUGGGUUGUUGUGGGGUCGUAGUUGGGUCAUUGUGGGGUCGUUGUGGGAUCGUUAUGGGCUUGUUGUGGGAUCGUAGUGGAUCGUUGUGGGUCGUUGUGGGUCGUUGUGGGCUUGUUGUGGGUCGUUGUGGGUCGUUCCAUGUUUUAGUAACUACGGCUUCACAGCACUUUGAACUUCAUGUAAUUCAGUUUCUCGCUCAGCGGUGGGAGCCGCUAUAGCUGCAAGUUUCAAGACAUUUAUUUAUCACACAAUGUUUACUACAAACAUACAUUAAAUAAGCUAACCUGUCCAUUCUAGCUCUUCCUCUUAAUAGUAAAGAAUGGGCGGGUGGGAUUUAUGUCAAGCUACAGUGAACAACAACAAAAAUGUGCUCAUCUAACCUGCACCACCCAAUAACACCCGAUUUUUUCUAUUGGGCCCCCAACAGCAUGUGAAAAACAUUUUCCACUUCUUUCAUGUGUCAGCCGGCAGAAAAUAACACUUUUCAACUAUACAAUCUUCUUCUUAGUGAAUACGAUUAUCACAUACCUGAUGGCAUAGAUCUUAACUAUAUUUCAGCUAAUACUUGUAACCCUCUACUUAUAGCCCCCUCUAAUUAGUGGCGGAAAUUCACUUUUUCCGGUGGGGGGGGGGCAAAGCCUCCUAAAUUUCCGACAAAACUCUCAAAUUCCCGACAUACCUCCCCAUUUGCACUCAAAAAGACUGUUUUUAGCCCGCUUUUAGGUCAACAUUUCCGAAAAUUCAUCAAUUUUCCGUGAAGGUGGGGGCGCCACCUCGCCCCACCAAGAUUUCCGCCACUGCCUCUAAUAACCCCUCCCAAAUAAAAUCCCCAGGGGAAUGAGAUAACUUAUGCUGUCACUUUGUUGUCAGGUAUGACAAACGUGACAACCGAGAUAACCGUGGUUACGGUGGAGGUCGGCAAGACUAUCGAGAUAGGGGCCCAAGAGACAACAGGUAUCAAACGGAGUACAAGUCAAGCGGUUAUUAUGAAAUGUACUAUUGA